ACCUUCUCCUCAUUUUACAGGCAUCGGAAGUUCUAUUCUAUUUUAUUCUAUUCUAUUCUAUUCCAUCCUAUCCAUUUAAUAACACUUUCAUUCUUCGCAAACACAAGCAAAAUUCAAUUUAAUGGAUCAUCAGGGAGUAGUAGCAGAACUGGAAGUACCUCACGUACUCAUCUUCUCGUUCGCGGCACAGGGACACGUCAACCCCAUGCUGAAGCUAGCAGAGCUCAUCUGCCUUGCUGGUAUCCACGUCACCUUCGUGGUCACCGAGCACACCCAGCGCAGGCUCCUCCGCAACAGCAACGUUCAAUCGCGUUUCGAUCGCUAUCCCGGGUUUCAUUUCGAGCCCAUCUCGGAUGGGCUGCCGGAAGACGACCCCCGUUCUGGCCAAAAAGUCAUGGACUUUUUUCAUGCUUUUGGAGCCACCGCAAAGCCGCUCCUCAGAGAGAUGCUGGUAUCGCACCGGCGUCGUUUGAAUGGAAAAAAGCCGGUGACCUGCGUUAUAGCUGAUGGGUUUUUGAGCUUUGCAAUUGAUGUUGCUGAAGAGUUGGGCAUCCCAGCGAUUUCGUUCCGUACUUCGAGUACUUGCAACUUUUGGGCUUAUCUUUGCGUCGACAAACUUGUUGCAGCUGGGGAGCUUCCCUUUGAUGAAAACAAUUUGGACGCACCCAUAACAAGCAUUCCGGGCAUGGAGCAUUUUCUUCGAUGUCGAGACCUCCCAAGUUUUUUUCGUAUUAAAGAUGUGGCUGAUAGGGACUUCCAAUUGAUUUUGAAAGAAACCCUACAUUCAACUCGAGCACAAGCUCAAAUAUUCAACACAUUUGAAGAGCUAGAAGGGCCUAUACUUUCUCAAACACGCUCUCAAUGUCCCAAAAUUUACACCAUCGGACCACUCCAUGAUCACUUGAAGAUUAGGCUCAAUGGCACAACAAUACAGACCUCCUCAACCAGUUUAUGGAAAGAAGAUACGAGUUGUAUGAAAUGGCUAGAUGCACAACCGUUUAGAUCUGUGAUCUAUGUAAGCUUUGGAAGCCUUACAAUGGUAACAAAGGACAAACUCAUAGAAUUUUGGUAUGGUUUGGUAAAUAGUGGGAAGCGAUUCUUAUGGGUCAUUAGGCCAGAUUCUGUGACUAGUGAAGUUAGAGAAGGUCAGAUUUCGCCAGAGCUUGUGGAGGGUAUAAAGGAAAGAGGGUACAUGGUUGGUUGGGCUCCUCAGGAAGAGGUCUUGGCUCACCAAGCUAUUGGUGGGUUUAUAACUCACAGUGGGUGGAACUCGACUCUAGAGAGUAUUGUUUCAAGAGUGCCAAUGAUUUGCUUGCCUAGCUUUGGGGACCAACAGAUAAAUAGCAGGUAUGUGGAAGAGAUUUGGAAUCUUGGGUUGGACAUGAAAGAUACUUGGGAUCGACUCAUCAUUGAGAAGAUGGUGAAAGAUCUGAUGGACGUGAGGAGAGAGGAGUUCAUGAAAUCGAUAAAUCAAAUGGCAAAGUUUGCUAAAAAAGCAGUUAGUGAAGGUGGGUUAUCAUAUUGUAAUUUGGAUCGCCUAAUCGAGGACAUAAAACUAAUGAGUAUUUAAUCACCGACAUAGAUGGGAGAAGGUAUUCCUGGUGUGUUUGGACAUUUCAUGUGAGCAUACAAUAAUUUCCUAUCAGUGAAAAUUUGUUUGAAAGUUCUUGUGAAUGAUAGUAGGAUAGUAUAUAUAUAUUGGGCAAGACUAAUCUGUAGUUGGCUUUGUUGAUUAGAGGUAACAUUGGGCAUCCAUGGUUCAUCUCGAUAUUAGAUGUAAUUGAAUAAAUCAUCAUAAGAAAUCAGAUUUAUUGAACAUGUAAAUGUAUAAUUAGAUUAUAUUUGUCAUC